UUGUUCAUGUUUUUUCCCCAUAUGCAAUAAGCUAUUACAGGCUGAUCCUUUCCUUUAAGAACUAACUAAAUCCAAAACAUCCCUGCUGUUCACACCGGUUGAAGCGUUAGCCAACAUUUCUUGGCAGGAGACCUUCAUAGUUUCUCUUUCGGGAAACAGAAAUAAAGGGAUAGAUAAAGAUAUUCUUGCAAUCCUCUAAUCAUCCAAAUCAAAUGCUGAGAGAAAGAGGAGGAGAAAAGGCAGAGGGAGGCUGACUUGGAGGCAGAGUAGAGCUUUCACAGUUACUCGCAGACUCGUCCACGCCUGUGUGAGUUUCUUUCUUUGUGUCUGCAACCAGCUAAAUAUGCAGCCCCUUCUUUAACAUCUUGUGCAAUGAGGGUGCUGCGCCUCUACCCUACCUGCAGCCUGCUAAGGUGGCUCUUGGCUUUGUUGGCUCUUUGUAUCCAGCCACCAACACAAGGAUGGAGUCAGGAAGGACAUAGUGAAGAUGAUAUAUUCCUUCUGCCUAUUAACUCUUCCAGCAGGUCACUGGCCAACUUGGAGCUUGAUUUACAGAAUGAGAAAAGAACCACUGCCCACGAGAAUGUUGACGAGAUCCAGACAGGUCAGCCCAUUGAUGCCACAGCUUCUCAUCCUUCAGCUCCCUCCGAUAGCAACAUAUGGGACACCAGUAGAGACACUUUGAUUCUCUCGCCCCGAAAACAGCAGGAGUUCCAUCCCUCUUACUCACAGCAACAUGGGGCAGCACACUGCAAUGUCAGUGUACAGAGGCUAAUGCUCACCUCUCUGUUGGUUCGCUGGGGACGCCAGCUGGGAUUUCAGUGUGACCUGUUGCUCUUCUCCACCAAUAAUCAUGGUAGAGCUUUUUUCUCUGCAGCUUACAAUCGUGUUGUGUCCCCAGUUGUCAUUGAGCAUCUUGGGGUUGCUGGUGCCCAGCAGGAGUUUCGACUUUGUGUAGGUUGUGGAUGGUCAAGGGGCAGAAGGAGUGGUCAUCUCAGGCACCAUCAAGCAUCAGCCCCUGGUUCUUCCACUUUUUCUUUCAUUUCUUCGUCAUCCUCUUCGACUGAACCUCAUAAUUCAUUACAAGGAGAAUCACUCAAUUUUUGUUGCCUGGAUUUCAGCUUAGAGGAACUGAGGGGGGAACAGGGAUGGAGAAUGAAUCGAAAACCCAUUGAAUCCACUUUGGUGGCUUGUUUCAUGACUCUGGUGAUCAUUGUCUGGAGUGUGGCUGCCCUCAUCUGGCCAGUGCCCAUAAUUGCAGGGUUCUUGCCUAAUGGAAUGGAACACAGACGGACAAGUAGUAAAUAGCCAUUCUCAGAUAUGGUACAAUAGUGUUGUGGUAAAUAGUUUCUCCUAUUUCCACUUUUUUAUUUCAAAAUCUUUUAGUUUUCUGCAUACAUUUUUUUUAUUUCUUUCUGCACCAGAUGACUACAUUUGAGAAAAAUAUGCGUACAAUUAAAUUGUGUUCAAUUUUAUGUACAUUUACAGUACAGUAUGAAUGUGAUACAAAUAAUUUUAGUGGUUUACAUGGGUUUCUGAUACACAUGUACGUACAAGUGAUGUAGAUUGUAUAUUUUGUACUUUAACAUAAUUCAGUACUUGUACUUUCAUGCCAACUGGGUUAUCUACAUAUCAAUUUUGCAGUCCAAAGGCCUAUACAAAUACAUGCCCCUAACACCCUUUUAAAUGCCCCUUCUUUUGGUAAACUCAAUGUUUCUUCAAUAAUGUUACUACAAUAAAGUGUAAUAGAAAAACUCUUUUUCCUAAGAAAAGAAAAAACAUAA